AUGACUCCCGACCUGGAGGAGUGUCCAGAGACGGAGAGACUGAACGGGGAUCAUCAGGAGGAGACAUCCCAUCAGGGGCGGAGGGUUCUACCGGAGGAGCAGCCCGCGGUACAGGCCUGGGUCGAGAACGAGGAGCCGGGGCUGGCCUGCGAUAGUAGGACCAACAGUCCCGGAGAGAACAGGAGACUCCUGGGAAAUAAGCCGCAUCACAAAUCAACCGCGAAACUACAAGCUGGUCUGACGCUAGGAGUCUGGGGAGCUCCGAAGAAACACGUGAAAUACCCUCGAACUUUGAAAAAUGUAAAGAUUAAACAUAACACGAAGUCGAAGUUCCAAAAACGGAAGGAAAAAUUAAUAGAAGCAUUAAAGCCGCCGUACUUUAUCAUUACCAUGCUGAGUAUUAUUGUGAUGGUACAUUUCUGUGGACCAGACAAGUGGCGUGCGACGCUCGAGUGGUCCCCGGGCGGCUGGUGGAGGGAGCCCUGGAGACUCCUCACGUACGGGUUCGUCCACGCCGGGCCCGCGCAUCUAGCACUUAACGCUAUAGUUGCACUUACGGUGGGGUGGCGCCUGGAGCGUGAGCAGGGUUGGUCUCGUGUGGCGCUGGUGUGGGCGGGUGGUGUGGCAGCGGGCGCCUUGGGAGCUGGUGCCUUACAGCCUCACGUCAGGGUCGUGGGUUCCUCGGCCGCCGUGUACGCUCUCCUCACCGCGCACAUACCCAAUGUCUGUCUGAGGUUCGGUCAUAUCCCCCUGUGGUGGUUCCGUCCCCUGAGUGUGGUUGUGUUAGGCGCCUCGGAGCUGUGCUGGGCGCUGCUGCAGGCUCCGGAUCAGAAAGAAAGCAACCAUGUGGCGUGGGGAGCACACGCGCUUGGGGCCGCGGUCGGAGUACCACUAGCGUUCAUUGCCUUCACAGGUGAAAAUUCGUCACAGACCAAAAUCACAGUAUGUCGCGUAGCUUCAUGUAUGUUGUUGGUGUGUGGGGUCCUCGCUGCUAUCGUUCAUUACGUGUUUUGGGCGGACUUCGAUCACUUCACCUGA